GAGUAAAUUCAGAAUUCGAACUUUAAAAUUGUUUUUGAAUUGCCUUAAAACGUUGAAAUAUAAUACAAUAUUUUUUAACUUCUUUACUUAACGUCGUAUGUGAACUCUGAACCAUCGGGCUUAAAGAUUUUUUUAACGAAAUUGUGUACUUAUUAAAUCUAUCUUGACUACAUGCGCCAAAAAAAUCAAUUUUUUGAAUUGACCACAUAGUUUUAUUUAAAUAUGGAUAAAGAUGAAACGAUAUCUGUAUCAAAGGGUGUAUUUUUAUUUAAAAAUGGAUUCAAGAAAAGUUUAAAAGCUAAACACAAACCUAAAGUGUGGGUUCAAUCUCGGUUUAGAAAAGAGCCCUGGUACAACUGUUUCCAACAGACCUGGAAUUUGUUCGAAGUUAAUAUAAAGGAACUGCAUCAUCAAACCUAUAGUACAUUACUGAAUGAUAUUGUUGAUUACAUAGAGUUUCAUCAUAUGAAUAAUUAUUUUGGAUCAAUAGAAGGAGUUAUACCCACUGCAACACUAAUAACUGGAGUCAAUCAACCAGACCAUGUCUCCCAGUUUAAUGCUCUCAUUAAUUUAAUAAGACAAAAUGUAACACCACACAUUGCUAUGACUCAUUCACAAGAUGGAUCAACAACCAAGUUACUUGUGGAAAAUGUUGUUUGGCAAUUGAUAAAUGGACAAGGCAUGUUGGAUCAUUCAGAGAAUGAGAAUAUUGACGACAGUAUGGAAUUUAAAUUGCCAAAGUUGAAGAAAAAUCAGUGUACAAUGAAGUCUUUGCACAAUUGGUAUCAAAAUGCAUGUGUUAAUAAUUCACCAAAUAAGAAAAAAAAAGUUAACACAAAAAAGCCCCUUAUUAUCAUUAUACCUGACUUUGAGAGUUUUCAUUGUAAUGUUUUGCAAGAUUUUGUUAUGAUUGUUAGUUCGUAUAUAUCUAAACUGCCUAUAGUCCUAGUUUUUGGAGUAGCAACAUCUGUUUCCGCAUUACAUAAGUCGUUUCCAUACCAUGUAUCUUCAAAAUUACUCAUGAAGGUUUUCCACUCUCAUUCAUCACCAGUUUAUAUGAAUCAAGUAUUAGAAAAUAUCUUCCUAACACACACAAGUCCUUUCCAUCUUUCGGGAAAAGCAUUUGAAUUGUUGACUGAUGUGUUUCUAUUCUAUGAUUUCUCAGUUGCUGGACUUUUACAAAGUAUAAAGUACUGUAUGAUGGAUCACUUCUAUGGAGACAAUAUUAAGAUACUUUGUUGUGCCCGACAAGACAUAGAUAGCGCUGUUGCGGCUUUGUCUUCGCACGACUUGGAAAGUGUCAGACAAUUGUUGUCUUUUAGACCGUAUCUAGAGGAACAGAAUUGCAAAAUAAAAAUUAAACUUUUCGAAGAUGAUAAUUUCUUCAGAGAAAUAUUGUGCAAAAAAAUGCACGAACUUCACGACUACUUGUUUAGUUUUUAUUCAUGUAUUAGAUUAUUGUUUGUCUUUAUAAAAGAUUUACCAAAGAAUAUUUUAGGAAAAUCGGUUCGUGAAAUAUAUUCAAAGUGUGCUGUCGAAAACAUAACCGGUACUCAAGCUUUUCGCGAAUGUAUGCAAUUAAUAAAUUUUCAAUCACAAUAUAAAUUAGUAGAUACCAUAAAAGAUGCUUUGAAAUCAGUAAAUACUUGUUUACAAAUUACCUCUCCGAUGAAAGCACUUCGUUCUACACCAGUUAAGAACAAUCAGAAUGAUAUAUCUGUAAAUACUAUCGGUGAAUCAUUAAUGAAAACAAUAAGGAUACAUUUAUUGAUGUUUUUAAGACAAAUAGAAAGUGCUAACAACCAAGCUACAUUGUUAACCGAUGGAGAUGAAGACACAGAAAUUAAAACAGAGGCCGUACCCGGGGAUAGAUAUAAAUUAAAGGAGAAGCUACUUCGGGCAACAAGAGUGGAGCGUGUGCAGUCAGAGUAUGAAAUGAUAAGAUCUAGGUUUGUGAGUUACUUGGAGGAGGUGUUCGCUAAAGCCCUGCAGCCGCCGCACGCGCAGACAUUCCACGAGGUUUUGUUCUUCAGCGAUGUCGCCAAUGUUAAAAAGCAGAUUGUUGGCUCUCCAAGAGGUGCCAUACACACCGCAUUAAGCAACCCCGUUUAUUAUUUACAGUGUAAAUGCUGUAUCCUGCCGUCACCGGAGAGCGUGUCUGACACGUUACCCGACGUCUCUCUGACGUACAAGCUUCAUAGAGAGUGCGGGAAACACAUCAACCUGUACGACUGGCUGCAGGCCUUCGCCGCUAUAGUUAACCCCACUGAAGAUGACCAAGCGCAUCAAGACCCUACUGUACAAGCUCGAUUUAGUCGCGCCGUAGCAGAGCUUCAAUUCCUAGGAUUCAUAAAGUCGUCUAAAAGAAAGACUGAUCACGUAAUGCGUUUGACUUGGUAACUUAGU